AUGGAUUUAAUGGCGUGGACGGACAUGGAAACUUUUCAACGAAUGCCGAGAACUGUCCAAGAGAAACGAAACAAAAAAGCAAAGGAAAUAGGACACGCUUAUCUUAGUUCAAGAUACUUCUUUGGUCCAGACAGUCCAGCUACAAAGCAAGCUCAGAGCGUGAUAUUAUCAAUGAACGGUGCUCAUCGAAUCAAAGAACGUCCAUCAUCGUCCGUCAUUGUAGAAUGUCAGAAAUACGUACGAUGUCGUAUAGAACGACUGUGGUUAGUGAUGUAUAAGAAAAGCAAUGAGUACAAAGAAAGACAGAAUCCUAAACCAAAAAUAUCUGAUGUUGUUGAAGAUAUGAUGCUUAGGCGAAGAUUGCAGAAAAGUGAAGCUACAUGGAGGAUUCUCAACAGUCGUUGGGUCUCCUCAUCACGUGAUAUAGUCGCAUUACGUCAGACGUUGAACAAUCCAGAGUUAUGUAUAGCGUUCAGGAAGUUUGUGGCGUUAAAAGGGGAGACUUACGAGAAUGAUAUUUUAUUUUGGAUCGAGAUACAGAAAUAUAAAGAUUUGUGUCAUCGUCACGCAUCUGAAGAUUGCGUCAAAAAAAAAGUUCAAGCAAUCACAGACUGCUUCAUUACGUCAUCCAUUCCACCAGAGUUGCAGGUUGACGUACCCAUUGAAAUGGCAGAAAAAUUAAUGGAGAGGAUCACGUGUAGAAACCCAAAUAUCGGGCCUUAUUUAUUCAGGGAAGUUCAGAUUACCGUUUUUCGCGUUCUCUUCAAUAUGUGGAAGGAAUACAUUAGUUUUCGUAAUUCUAUGGACGGCGACAACUUACUGGAAAUUUUAGAAGAACGACUGCAACGUCAUCGGGUGGAGACGAAGGCAAAGAGAGAUGCGCAGGAACGAAAGAAAAUAGCAAAAAUGGAAGCGGACAAGAAGAAAAAAGAAAAAGAAGAAAAAGAAAAACGAGAAUUGAGAUCAAUGGAUCAACUGGUGAAUUUAAUGGCUGACAAUAAUUCAACACAAUGGGAAGGCGACGAAAACGAUGUCUUGAUAUGGAAGUAUUCGCAACACAUUACGUCAGUUAUGGUAGAACUGACCAAUGAAAGGAGCGUUGCCACAAAAUCAACCAAUCAGAUUGCGCGCAGACUAAUAAGCGAAAAACCGACAUUGAAACAAUCGAAUGCAAGUGCAUCGUAUACUUCACUUGCCAGGACAACGAACCAUUCAGAACGAAACGUGAAAAGACAAGAAAAUAUCUCGAACGAUGAUACGAGGCUACCUCAAGGAAGAAAAAGUAAACUUUCAAAGAACAGAGACAAAGAAAAAUCAAAACAAAUAUUCACCAAUAACGAGUUGCUGUUGCUGCCUAAUGUACCUACGGAAAAUGGUGUAUCCAGGAGAUUAGACCCUGGGAAUAAAGGACGUCAAAGUUCGAAAAAAGACGACACGGAUUCCGUUGAAAACAUGAGGUUUAAAGUUCAAGAAACAAGAGAGAUGUCACGUGAUGGGGAACUGAGAACUAAACUGCUGCAGAAAAAACUCAACAACAACAAACGACUUGGGUCACCUGUACCACUGACGUCACAGUUGCUAGAGGAUUUUACAAAUUCACCACAAGGUUCACCUCUAGAUAGAACUGUAUCAUUGGUGGAAAUUAACGGACCACAAGACAUCGCUUUAACUAAACUGGAUGAUGGCAAGGUUAAAGUAAUGCCAAAAAUUAUAACAAAGCAAACCACAUUUAAGCAGUUUAGAAAGAGAGCUUUAAAACCUGAAGUUCUCAAAACAGAUGUCUCCAUUCCCGAUGUCAUAGUCAAUUGAGAUUUUAAAAUAUGUGUGAAACCUCUUCCACAGCCCAAAAUAUUCAAAUUUCUUUUUGGGGAUGACUUUAGAAUUGUGAUAUCAACAUAUUUAUACCUUCAAAACUUCUUCAUAAACUAUGAACAAGACUAGAUCUUUCUUUAGACAAAAUUUGGCCCUUUAUAUAAAAAGCAUAUUCUGUUUUUCCAACAAAUCUUUAUUACAUCACACUUAUAGAAAUUCAUCAAUAAACAUUGAGUAGUUCUCAAGAGAAA